AUGCCUGCUCCCGGAGAGACAUAUCAGCAAGCAGGCCCAACCUCGCCCAAGCCGUACAUUUCGUAUGGCUUGCCUUUCCAAGAAGCCGCGAGCUGGCAUGUCACGAACACAUUCGAUGUGUCUCGAGUAUACGUGGUUGUCUCGGCGACAAUCAGCAAGACCAAGGACUGGGCCGGGCUGCGGGACGCCCUCGGGUCAAAGCUCGUGGGCGUCCGCUACGGCAUCAAGCCUCAUACGCCGUGGAACGAGGUGUAUGAGCUCGCGGCGGACCUGCAGCGGGUGAAACCACACGUUGUCAUCACCCUAGGCGGCGGUUCCAUCACGGAUGGGGUCAAACUGGCUCGUCUUUUUGCGGCGAACGACGUGCUGACGACCGAGGCGCGGCUGAGCUUCUGGGAGAAGGCAAAGCCCAGGUUCGAGAAAAGGGAGGACCGUGAAGACAUAGCGUCAGCGACCAACUCGUGCAUCUUCAUCCCGACGUCGCUGUCUGCCGGGGAGUGGUCUCAGUACGGCGGAGCAACGGACGACGAGGGACACAAGAGCCUCUUCCAGCACAAGUCCAUGCUUGCUGACAUUGUCAUCUACGACCCUGCCCUGACGCUCGGGCUCCCAGAGAAGUUUUGGUUCUCCACAGGCGUCCGCACGAUCGACCACUGCGUCGAGGGGCUGUCAAGCACGAACAAGGUCGACGAUGAGGACGCCAUCCGUGACGAACUAGACAAAGCUCUACGGAGACUGCUUCCCAACCUGCUCAUCACCAAGACGAAGAACUACCGCGAUCUGGACGCUCGUCUCCAGUGCCAGCUCGCCACCGUCAUCCUGCCUCGGGCCAUCACCAUCGGUGUCGCGGCCAGCCACGGCAUCGGCCACCAGCUUGGCCCUCUGGGCGUCGGCCACGGUGAGACCAGCUGCAUCCUGCUGCCCAAUGUGCUCAAAUUCAACUGGAAACACGGUGACGACCUCGCUCGGCAGCGCCAGGACCGCUUGCGGGGGAUCUUUUGGUCGGACCCCGUGCUGCGGGCAUUGUUCCAGAAGCGGGGGCUGGAGGAGGACAAGGCAGACGCGGGCGACCUUCUGGAUGCGUACCUGCGCGAACUCGGCAUGCCCAGGACAUUGCGGGGCGCAGGCAUCAAAAGAGAACAGUUCGACUCGCUGGCCGAGAGCAGCCUUCGUGACCCAUGCACGACCAAUGGCCCCGUGAAGAUUGGGAAGGCGGAAGUACUUGAGAUCUUGGACAUGGCUUGGGAUGACUAGGGGGUUUUUUUUUGUUUGUUGUUAUGGAUGUGUCGACUUGGUUUUGUGGACGCUCUCUCAGGGACAAGUGAAGUGAUGUAGUAGGCUCUGGAUAGCCUGAUUACGCAACCAAUUCCCAAC